ACGGAGCAUGCACGGCGCGAAGCGGCGUCCUGAGGACGCGCACCCUGGCCAGUGGGUGCUCAUUGCACCAGAGGCUGCUACUGACCCCCCUAAGACACCUGACAGCGAACCUUUGUUUACAAAACUGCGCAAUCCAAGCACAGGGGAAGCAACCCUUUACUUAUUCAAUAGUGGUGCACAGCAGCUGUUUGAAGUAAAAGCUUUUCAUGAGGAAUAUCGUUCCUGGUUUAUAGAUGGCCGCCUGCUGUUUGUUACACCGAUGGACCCCUUGUUUCUGAUACUUUACUACCUCAUAAAGGCAGAAAAGGAGCAGCAAGGAAAGUUCCAGCCACUUGAUCAAGUUGUGCUAGACUCAGACUACCCUAGCUGCCCAUUGCUGCUGAAGUGUGCGGAUGUUAAACAGUACAUACAUCAAGUAACAGAAGAAAAAGAGAUUGGCAGUCAGAAAUUCCACAGAUACAGCCAAGAGAAGACACUGAAGUGGUUAAAGAAAAAGGUCAAUCAAACAGUGAAAGCACUUAAAAGCAACAGUAUAUCUGUAGGUGAAAGGGUACAUGCAGCUACAUUUAUCAGUGGUAAACAGAUCACAGAUACUACAGAAG